AUGGAGAGAAGCAGCAGCAAGAGCAGCAACCCGCUGCUCUGCGACUCAGAAGAUGAAACUCCUUGCCCACAGGACAACGAGCAGCAACAGCAUCAGCAGAAACACCGGCAGCAGCAGAAGCUUGGGGGACCCCUGAAGAAGAGCCGUAUAGACACCCCAGAGGGCUCAAGGGCCACGGGGGCCCUGCGGGUCUCCGCGGCAAACUGCAGCAGCAGCAGCUCUCCAAGUGCUGCUGCUGCUGCUUCCGUCAAACACAACGGUUCAGCAGCAGCAACAGCAGCAGAAGCAGCAGCAGCAACCGCAGCAACAGGACCAUCACCAGCAGCAGUUCCAGCUGCAGCAGCAGCAGCAACAGCAGCAGCAGCAGCAGCAGCAGAUGGGCGCUUUACUGGUGCAGUUGUGCAGGAUGGAGACCUCGUAGUGCUGAGGGACUUCGCAGGAAAAAGAAGUCUGCUUAGGGCGCGGCUAAACGCGGAGCAGCAGGGGACCCCCUCAGCCUUCUCCUUUAAUGAGGGCCUCCUUGUGGGGGCCCCCUAUGGCAGCACUUUCUCUUGGGGCGGGCAUCGCUGGCUGCGGACGCAGAGACACCCGAGCAUCCCUGAGGGAGACAAUCGAGGGAUCGUAGACAGCGGCGCAGCGCAGCGGCUGACGGCUGGGGAAAUCGAGAGACUGAAAGGAGCCGCCUCAGCAGCAGAAGUAAUACGAGAAGUGGCGGCUAACAGCGCCACCUUUGAGCAGCGGACAGCAUUUUCAAAGCAGAAGUAUAUUAUUAAAAAGGCAAAAAGGCAAGCAGCAGCAGCAGCAGCAGCAGCAGUAACAGCAGCAGCAGCAGCAGCUGUGUGUGCGUCUUAUUAG